UUGUUAGUUUUGUUUAUUCCUUUCCAGAAUCCAGAUAAUAUUUUAUAACAAAUGCUGGUAUUUCUUUCCAUUUUUAAUAACAAUAGAGAUCAAAAAAAUUAAAUGACUUGCUUAUUGUGGUUCAUGCGGUUAGUCUCAGAAAAUUAAUAAAAUCAAAGUUUCCUGCUUUUGGCCUAACAUAUAUAUGGAAAAAGUCAUUACAGCCCAGGGUAGGUUACCUUAUUUUCCCCUUCCCCUCUCUUCUGCCAGAUUCAGAGGGCUGAGAAUAUCCAAAGGAAUCCUCGUUGCAUCAAUUGCUCUCACCAAAACCACUGUGCAACCAUAUCUGAGCAAAUAUGAAGGUAACCAAUGCAUCCAACUCAUUCUAAUAAAAUGUCAAGCUCCACAUAUAUGAAAUGCCCACCAACCCAAAUUUAUCAGAUUUUACAUUGCACCAUAGUAACGCCUUAAUCGUAUUGGGUGAGCGACUCUUCUACAUUAUUAGUCGCCAGUAUUAAAACUCCGCAGCCGGGAGUACUUUAAAAUACACUAGUGUGAUAAUGUGUUUUUCGCUGAUUAGAAAAAUCUCAAAGGCUUUUGUCGUCCUCGUUAAUAGGGAUUCUUUCUUUCUUUCCCUCUCUCUGUUUGUUUUGUCUCCGAGCUGUAACAUUUUCUGGGACAGAGAGUAAGAAAAUGGACUCAAGCCCCAACCCAACCCUGUUCUACUGCUAGUCCUCAUUGGGUCUCUCACUCACUCCCCAAUUUCAAAUUUUGAAUACCUUUGAUUCAUCAGGGGCAGGGCUAUCCUCUCAUUUUUGGGUCCCUAUGCUCGGCUCCCUUCGCGCCCCCUUCUCGCUUUGACCACCUCGGACACACCCCCGUCGCCCAACUCCCAAACCUUUGACCACCAACAACCCCCAAGUUUUAACCCCAUCAUUUUUUUUUUUUCCUCCCUCACUGCUUUGGUGAAACACUUCAUCAACAUUUUCAACCACCAUGGAAAAACCAGCCCAGAAAGCCGAAACCAAUGCCGGCGAACCGGUCGUCGUAAGCAGCAAUAGCCUACAAGAUCUCACCUUCAAAAACAGCUUCAGCAUUAGUCUCAGUCUCUGCAGCAGCUCCGACAACACCGCCAGCGUCAGCAGCAGCACCAACGACGUCAGCAACGACUCUGUGGAAACUAAGAAGAGUACUAAUGCGCCGGAAAACAACAAUGCGGAAUCGGAGGAGGUGGCGAGCCACAAAAAAAGGCCGGAAUCCAUGGCAGCCGACCCGGACGGGGCCGGUUUCCGGCGAAUUUGCCCGUCGAAGCCGCACAAAGGGAACGACAUGCGGUGGGACGCGAUUCAAUCCGUGAAGGCCAAAGACGGCGAGUUGGGUCUGAACCAUUUCAGGCUUCUGAAGAAGCUUGGGUGUGGGGACAUAGGGAGCGUGUACUUGGCUGAGUUGAGAGGGAUUGGUUGCGUUUUCGCCAUGAAAGUAAUGGACAAGGGAAUGUUGGCUGGGAGGAAGAAGCUGAUGAGAGCUCAGACUGAGAGAGACAUAUUGGGGUUGCUGGACCACCCGUUUCUUCCGACCCUUUAUUCGAAUUUCGAGACUGACAAGUUUUCUUGCUUGUUAAUGGAGUUCUGCAGCGGCGGCGAUCUUCAUACGCUCCGGCAGCGCCAGCCGGGGAAGCAUUUUACUGAACUAGCUGCGAGGUUUUAUGCUUCAGAAGUGCUUCUUGCUCUUGAGUAUCUGCACAUGAUGGGGGUGGUGUACAGGGACUUGAAACCCGAAAAUGUACUAGUGAGGGAGGAUGGACAUAUCAUGCUUUCGGAUUUUGAUUUAUCAUUAAGAUGUAAUGUGUGUCCUACUCUUGUUCAGUCCAGCACCGAGCCAUCUUGUGCAAUGCCUACAUACUGCAUUCAACCAUCUUGCAUUGAUCCAAUUCCAGCCUGCAAACUACCGGUUUGUGUUCAACCCUCUUGCUUGCAACCUUCUUGCUUUACGCCUCGAUUCCUAAGGUCCAAAACGACCAAGGAGAAAACUGAACGAACGAAUUUGGGGAGUUCAGAUUCGAGGCCUGAACUUAUUGCUGAGCCAACUAAUGCACGGUCCAUGUCAUUUGUUGGAACUCAUGAAUAUUUAGCUCCUGAGAUCAUAAGGGGAGAUGGUCAUGGCAGUGCUGUUGAUUGGUGGACUUUCGGAAUCUUCUUGUAUGAGCUACUUCAUGGGAGGACACCAUUUAAAGGGAGUGGAAAUCGGGAGACAUUGUUCAAUGUCGUUGGUCAGUCGCUUAAGUUCCCGGAUGGAUCCAACAUUAGUUUUGCUGCCAAGGAUUUGAUCAAGGGCCUGCUUGUAAAGAACCCUAAAAAAAGACUAGGCUUUAAAAGAGGUGCUACAGAGAUUAAGCAGCAUCCCUUCUUUGCCAGCGUGAAUUGGGCUCUCAUUCGUGGCACGCAGCCUCCAGAAAUCCCAAAACCACUUGAUCUUGCCCUUUUAAACCAGUCAUUCAAGUCGGCAGCGCCUCAAAAUGAGAAGGGAGCUACAGAGACAACUCGGUUACCAGGUCCAUAUUUAGACUUUGAAUUUUUCUGAUAUGAACUUUGAUGGGAUAGCCGAUAGCAAAAGGUUGUAGGCAAUCAUUCUUGUGACAAAUUUUGGUGCUUAUUUCAUGCCCUCAGUGAAUCUUAUUUUCUUCAUACAAUUAUUACAAUGGCUGGCCUCUCAAGCACUUUACAGAUUUUGCCUUUGUGUGGUAACCAUAUGCUGCAGUCUAUAUUGGCCCGGAAAAUGUCUGAAGCUUUACCUGGAAAUGCACUUUCGAAAAAGGAAAUAUUGAACUGGACAACACAGAAAAAAUGAACCGUGAUGUUGUCUCCCUGGCACAUUGGUAUCCCUUUAGCUCUUUAUUGGUGUGGGAUUCUGCUUUUCUUGAAUUGUUCCAGGUGGUUCUUUUGCUUCUUUAUUCCUGUGCAGCCAGGCUUUUCUUUAUGGUUAUACUUUAAAUCUUUAAUCAAUAAUCACAGUGUCCUUUUCCUGGUUCUUAAGAAACAAAAAAGAGCAUAAUGAUUCUCAACCCAACUAUGAAGAAAUGAAUAAGAAUGACAGGUGAAUCCUUGUUUACUGCAUUGAGCCAAACAAUCCAAAUUCAGCUCCAAACUGCAGAAUGAGUUCCACAUACAGCUUCACCCUCACUGUUUGUAGUUGGAAGCGUUUAUUUUCUUCAUUGUCUCAGUAAA